UUGCAGAUUGUACUUGAAGGAAUUGUGGGUAAUGGUUACUAUGGAGACAUUGCCAUUGAUGACAUCUCCUUGACCCCAGGUUGCCAGUUUGCAACCACUCAAAUCCCAGGAGUCCCCACCCCUGCUCCUACACUCCCUGGAGCGUGUGGGGCCAAUAAAUUAACCUGUGGUAACGGAAAUUGUUACAGCCAGUCACAGAAGUGUAACUUUAGGGAUGACUGCGGAGAUAAUAGCGAUGAAGUUAACUGUGGCACUUCCUGUAAAUUUGAGUCUGGUGCUGGACUCUGUGGGUGGCACAACUCCCUCAAUGAUAACCUGGACUGGAAGCUGUUGUCUGGCCCUACCCCCAGUAAAAACACAGGUCCACAAAAUGACCACACCCUAGGAACAGCAUCAGGCCAUUAUCUGUAUGUGGAGAGCUCUAACCCAGCCCACCCUCAAGACAAAGCCCUACUGGAGAGUGCUGUGUACUACCAAUCUGGUCCACUCUGUAACCUCACCUUCUGGUACAACAUGAACGGUCAACAGAUAGGAACACUCCAGGUCCUCCUCAAGACCAGCAUCAGUAACCAGCUACUGACCCUCUGGCAGAAGACCGGGAACCAAGGCCCCGCCUGGAAACAGGCCUCCAUCCCUAUUCGAAGUCAGAGCCAGUUCGCCAUCAUCUUUGAGGCCAGGACAGGGUUCGGAUACCUGGGCGAUAUUGCUAUAGAUGACAUCAUGUACACUGGCUGUGAUACAGGUCAGAAAACUGCCAGUUGUCUCCCCUCCCAGUUCAUGUGCACUGACCAGACAAUGUGUAUAGACAGGAGAUACAGGUGUGAUGAGAAGGUGGACUGUAGUGACGGAUCCGAUGAAGACAACUGUAGACCAUUUAAUGGUGACUGUAGUUUUGAGACGUCCCUUUCUCAGUGUGAAUGGACACAGAGUGAUGGAGAUGAUGGAGACUGGACAUUAGCCCAGACCACAAUUAACGGUCCAAAGAGGGACCACAGAAAUACUGCUACAGGUCACUUCAUAUUCAUGGACAGCUCUAAGCAGAAUCCAGGUGACGUAGUUAGAAUCCAGACUCCGUUCUUCCCAGCCAGCCAUGGAGUAUGCUACAUGAGGUUCUGGUACUAUAUGUUUGGAUCACCCAGCAUGGGACCUCUUAAGGUGUUCCUGCAGAACAGGUACGGUAACACUACAGACUUAUUCUGGGAGAUGUCAGGAAGUCAGGGACAGAAAUGGAAGAAUGUCAACAUCCCGCUAGGAAGUGCCCAGGACUUCUCGGUCAUCUUUGAAGCCACCAGAGGAGAUCAGGACCACUCAGACAUUGCCAUUGAUGAUGUGUCCUUCACCCCAGAAUGUGAAACAGGAGUGCCAGCAGUGAAUCCCAGCCAUACGGUUUGUUACCAAGGAACAUUUUACUGUGCUCCCAAGAAACAGUGCUAUCCCAACAGCUGGAAAUGUGACGGAGUGGCAGACUGCCCUGAUGGAUCGGACGAACCAAGCACCUGUCCCGCUACCUCCCCAGCCACGGGGCCCACCCAGCCACCAGUUACAAAGUCACUCGUAACCACGCCGGCACCACCCACUACCACCACCCAGAAGAUAAAGAACACGUGUGCUCAGGGCAAGUUCCAGUGUAAUGACGGGACCUGUAUCCCUCUACUGCUGCUGUGUGAUGCUGUGGCAGAUUGUCCGGACGGCUCGGAUGAAGUCCAAAACAACUGUCCUAUCCAGAAAUGUGAUGUUGGAUUUUACUACUGCAAGCAACAGAGACAAUGUAUCAAUGGAACACGAUGUGACAAUAACGACGACUGCGGAGAUAUGACAGAUGAAAGUGUUUGUGGGGCUGCUUGUCCACCCAAUUUCUGCCAGAGUGGAUCAGUAUGUCAAAAGACUGGUGUACAGACAUUGUCCUGCAGCUGUCCUGCUGGUCUGACUGGUAUCAGAUGUCAGUAUCAGAAAUCCUCCACACAGAGACACACAGGGAACUCCCCAUCCUCAUCAUCAUCUUCUGGUUGGAAGGCAGGCGUGGGUGUGACUGUAGGACUGGUCGCUGUUAUUGCCAUAGUUCUGGGCGGCUACUUCUUAUGGAGAAGACAGAGAGCAAGGAACCUGAGUGAGAGACUUGGCAUUGGUUUGGAAAAUCCCAGUUAUGAUGGCGGAGACAUGCAUGAUUUCCACAUGAACGCCAUGGAAGAUCCAUACCAUGGUGUGAGAAUGACUUCAGACGCCACUUCAAUAGAGAAUCCACUUUACCAGGAUGUGACAGCUUAACCCCCUACAUAAGAUCAUAACUCCUCAUAAACAACGACAGUAAACAAAAUGCUCAAACAAUGACAAUAAACAAAAUACUCAAACUGUGAAUACUCAAGAACUUGUUAUAACAUUGUUUUUCUCUAUUUUUUUUCCUUAUUUGUUAAGA